AUGUGACGUAUAAAAUUGAGAAAAACCCAAAAUAACAAUUCAAUAAGCUGCCAAAAAUGUUAACUUAAGAACAAUGUAUGGGUAAAGUGAGAAAGUCACGUUCAACAAUGUACAGAACGAGAAUGCAAAUCAUGAAGACGCGUUUUUGCCAUUAAUUCAUUCUCGCAUUUAUAUUUCUAUACGCCUUAAUUUACAUCGAUAGAGGUAGUUAAAACAUUUUUACACACGUCAGCUUGAAAAAGAAGAAAUAAAAGAAAGAAAAAAACUUGCGAGCAUCGCAGAAUUGCGUCGUAUUCAAAAAUUGAAG